GCAACAUCGCGCGGACGGGUGCACGAUGCGUGCACGGUGAAACAAACAAUCGCGAUGCUGUUUGAGAGUCCCAACGCGAAACUGUUCCCGGCGUUCAACAUCCCGCCGCCCGUGAGGCUCAGCGGGGCGCUGGGAGGUGUGGAGGUGCUGGACGGCGGGCUGGUGGGCGGCGAGCUGACGGCCCACGUGCUGAGCGCGCAGGCGGCCGCGCACGCCGCCGCCACGGCCGCCGCGGCCGCGCACCAGCAGCACCAACAACAGCAGAUAGCUGUGCAGCAAAUCAAUCCCUAUUUUCCAACAGAAACUUCCCCCUCGUCCGGGCGUUCGACCCCGGUAACAACCACUGCUAACGGUACAGCGCCCACAGCGACGGGCACCACCUCACCGUCACCCAGCAAGCUGUUUGUCGGUGGCCUCAGCUGGCAGACCAGCUCGGAGAAGCUUAGAGAAUACUUUGCCAUGUUUGGGCCGGUUACAGACGUACUGAUCAUGAAGGAUCCUGUUACUCAGAGAUCGCGCGGCUUCGGCUUCAUCACGUUCCAGGAGGCGUCGUCCGUGGACAAGGUGCUGGCCGUGCCCGUUCACACGCUGGACGGCAAGCGCAUCGACCCCAAGCACGCCACGCCCAAGUCCGCCCCGAGACCCGCCAAGACCAAGAAGAUCUUCGUCGGCGGCGUCGGCCAGGACACCUCGGCCGAAGAGGUCAGAUCCUACUUCUCACAGUUCGGCCUCGUCGAGGACGCCGUCAUGCUCAUGGACCAGCAGACCAAGCGCCACCGCGGCUUCGGCUUCGUCACCUUCCACUCGGAGGAGGCGGUCGAACGCGUCUGCGACAUACACUUCCACACCAUCAAGAAUAAGAAGGUGGAGUGCAAGCGCGCGCAGCCCAAGGAGGCCGUCGCCGCCGCUCCACUAGCGCUCGGCAAACGCCUCGUGCUGCGGCCGGGGCGCGGGCUGGUGUACGCGGGCGGCGUGGGCGGCGUGGGCGGCGUGGGCGCGGCGCACGCGUACCGGUACGCGCCGUACGCGCUGCCCGCCACGGGCGCCGCGGUGCUGGCGCCGCCGCAGCCCGCGCCCGCGCCCGCGCUGCCGCAGUUCGGCGCCGCCUACUCGCUGGCCGGCGUCGACAUGUCGUCCUUCCAGGGCGUCGACUGGGGCGCCAUGUACGGUCUGCCCAUGUACAUCUAGACGGUAACGAGCAAUAUUCACGUGAAAACCCCACCCGCCUACGAAGGUUAGGUUCUUAGCUCGGCUAUUUUAUUUCUUACGAUAGAGUUCCUACGUACUAUUUUUUUUUAAUUAAGGUGUUUGUCUUGCCGCGUACUCGCAGUGGCCACAAGAGGGAAUGAUCAGUAUUCGAACGUAGUUAAGUGUUUAUUGGCUCAUCAAACUUAGUGUAAGGCAGUUACAAGCAAUACUUUGCCCGCUACGGGCGUCAAAGAGAACGCAUUUCAUUUUUUUUUUAAUUAAAAAGUUAAUUUAUUAAGGCGAUUCCCAACGGGUACGCUCGAAAAUAGAAAAUGGUCGGUCCCAUGUUUAUUAAGUAUUGUUGGCGAGU